CUUAACGAUUCUGUUUCUGUUUUCAUGUUGCAGGUUUCUCCCCGCUACUUGAUAUACGUCUGAUCGUCGAAGUAACGAGUCGACGCUGGAGGGAAAAAAAAACUACGACCAAAGUAAACGAAGUGGAAAAAGAUAACAGAGAGCGGAGGUUUGGAACAGAGGUCUGCAAUCAGUGAACGCCGUGCAACUCCGAUUGGCUAUCGACUGAAAUCCGAAGAGAGUUAGCGUGCAUAGAUCGCCGCUUCUGGCACCAUGGUUUAUUGAUUAAGAGCUAACACCGCGUGAACAAUCCCUACGUGAGGAAAACGUCUGGUGGACAACAACUAGCCCUUCAUAUAUGACUACUCUCGACCGUCUGCCGCCAUUGGGCAAAAAAGUACGUGCACGAAAGCCAAUAGGAUGCUGGCCAAGCGAGCAUGCGCGGUGGAUGGAUUGAAGACGGGACGUAAAGGCACGCAUUUCUCUUCUUUCCCGUGAAAUGAAGUAGUGAUAUGAUAUAAGUGUGCGAAACGUGACUGGGUUGAAUCAAUACAGCAACAAACACACGUGCUGCCAGUCUUUCUCCUCGCCUUUCGAGUCGGCAAGUUUCAACUGCACAUCAAAUACAAGUGUAAUAUCCCAGCUAUGCUUUGAUGUACCUCCGAGGAGUGAGCAUGUCACCCAGUUUUAUGCAAACACUGAACCGUAGAGGUACGGCACUCUUGGCUUUGUUACAUUGCUACCUUCGUGAUAUGGCAGUGGAGUAGGAGUUUAUAACUCACCAUGGAAUCAAGUACUUUUGAAACGGAGACAUACUACCCCGAUAAUGGGACAGAAAUUAUUUUGGAAGAGGAACCUAAAGUGGUCUUCUGGGCUUGGUUCCAGAUGAUGUGCCUUUUUCUUGCCAUUGUGGGAUUCCUCGGUAAUUUGCUGGUCGUCCUCGUCAUCAUUCGCCAGCAACGACGUCGAACGAGCACGGAUAAACUCAUCCUCGCCCUCGCCGUCGCGGACCUCCUCACCUCAAUCUUCAUCAUCCCCAUCCCAACCCCGACCAGCCUUCCAUACGGUGUCCUGGGGGAGCUCUAUUGUAAAGUCAUAUAUUCAUCUGUCUGCAUGUGGAUAUCGAUAAUGGCUUCGGUUUUUUCAUUAAUCAUGAUAUCAGGUGAACGUUAUGUCGCCGUGUGUUAUCCGUUUCGCUACCAGCGACUGUUUGCUGGCUAUCGACCUGAUGUCAUACUCUGUGUAAUCUGGAUCGUAUCCUUUAUAAUAAACACCAAUAGCUUCUACGUGUCGUUCGUCGAUACACCCGGUGUCAAUUGCACCGUCAAGUUUCCAACACCGGAGUUCCAGAUGUUUUUUGGUAUCGUCCUAUUUUUGGUGGAGUAUCUCAUUCCUGUAAUAAUCAUGCUUCUCGCGAAUGUAUACACAAUCCGCGCCUUAAAUCACCAAGCCAGGUCGUUAGUGGCCAAGCGGGAUAAAAGAUCGGGUCCUGCGUUAAAGCUACUACAAGCGCGAAGAAAAGUCAUCGAAAUGCUCUUCAUCGUGGUUAUAAUAUUUGUUAUUUGUUGGACACCCGAUCAAAUAGGAUACCUUGCUUUCAAUAUUGGUUUGGUGGAGGUUGAUUUUCUUUACAGUCCAGUGUACCGGUCAUUUGUUGCGCUCGCCUUCUGUAACUCUUGUGCGAAUCCAUUUAUUUACGCAGCACGGAAUCCGAAUUUUAGGCGAGCUCUCAAGGAAUUAGUAAUGUUUUCACCCAUUGGCGGAUCAAUUUUUAACCAAGGAGGUCCUGGGUUCACUGACCGGUUCGAGCUUAGCCAAACUCAGGGCACCAUCCGAGGGGUCCUGGCAAAUGGACGAAAACCGUCUUUACAUGCUUGUCUGGAAGUGCCAGGAUCAUCGCAAAAGACAGCCUCAACCAUGUGAAUAAAAGAAAAAAAUGUUCUCAUUGUUUGAUUGAUAUUAGUUAUGUGAACCACUUUUGCAACAAUGUUCUGUCACAUCAAAGUUCAAUCCGCUGCCAUUUUGACAGGAAAUUAGUCAGGAAGUUGAUCGUCUGUGGAGUGAUUUGUGUCUACACUUUGACAAUGAAUAGCGAGUCGUCAUGAGAGGAACGCGGGUUAAUUGGAGAAAAGAUAUGGAACACAUCUCAAUAGAAAUCACUCAUCCUUGAUCACAAUUUCUACAACCAAAAUCAUGUUUCCUUGUCUGUGACGGUAUAUUCGGCAACUGCUUUGCAAAAUUGAAACAGCGGGAAAAUAUGUUCUGACUACACAAAUGGAAAGGCAGAAUACUACCGGACUCAUACAGGCAGUGGAAUAAUGUUGAAUUAAUGCAGGCUUUCCGUAAAACAUCACAACACGCACGCGUAUUUAUUACAUGUGGUUAUCAAUGAAUGAACACACCAGAUAGUUGUAUUUAUCCGUCUACAAAAAAUAACGAGUCGAACAUUCUAUGACGUCAAAGCGACAUAAAUGUACUGUCGAGACACUUAUAAUGGGUCGAGAGACAAGAAAAGGCUUAAAUCAGAUAUGGACUGGUUGCCCUUUUUAUUGGCCCAUUAAUCACAAAGUCAUAAUGAACUCCAAUCGGAUUUGUGUGUCAUAACAGUUAUGUCAAUAUAUGGGACCACCAUUUGCCAUCCAAAUUGCGAUGUGACGUUGCAGCGAAUGAUUUUCUGCGUGCAGAUCUGGACAUUCGAAUGUACAGAGAGUAAUUUAUGAAUAGAUCAAGAAGAGUUAUGUUUUGUAUAAAAAAGGAAAUUUAUGAAAAAUAUAAUAUAUUUGCAAUUCGUUUACCGCCAAAAUUGGGUAUUGUGAGCAAAUGGACAUGGAAUUCGUUUCGAUACAGGUUUAGGUUUAACGAUAUAUCUUGUCACUUUGCUAUAAAAUAUGUCGAGGUUGCAAUCUAACUAUAAAAGUGAGCAGAAUUUCAAUGAAAUGUCUUCUCAACGAUCCGACCAGGUUUUCAGUUCAAAUUUGCUGAAGGCAGUUAUAAAACUACUAGUGGUAUCCAGAAAACAGAAAAUACAUAUUUUUUUUUCUAAAUUUCAGAUGAAAAGAAUUCCAAUUAAUUGUUUCUGACCAAAUUCUGGUAAUUGAUACCUUAUUUUUGUUAUGACAAAAAACUUCCCACAAUUGAUUCCCAAACUUCUUCAAACUGUCCAGGAGCAUAUCCCUCAUCGUAAUUGUAAUACAAAAUUUAUUCAGAUAGCAACCCAGGACAGCAAAUAAGCUUAAGUUGUCUAUUUCACCCUUGUCCGUUUUGCACGAUUUUAAGUACACUGAGAUUGCAUCUUAAGUCAUAUGAUGGACGUGGAUAAAGCGAGAUUGAAUAUUUUUAGUUUCGAUGUAUGCUUCGUUUUCAUGUAAAUAUGCAACUUGAAUCGAAAAAUAGUUGUGUUAAGUAGAAUCGAGACAAACUUUAAUUUGUAGGUAAUACAAAUACAAAGAGUUAAGUUAAAUAGAAUCCUUCAAUUCUUCUCACGUUUUGGAUAAGAAAACCAAAUAAUAAUUUGGUCAGAAAGAGACUACACUUCAAGGAUUUGAUUUUCUUAGAGGAUUUAUCAUCCACUGAAAUCUAUGUCUGUCAUGAAUGAUUUCCAUAAAUUAUGAAUAUCUUAACAAAGAAGUUGUUUUUCAGCAAACAAAUCCCAAUUAAGAUUCUCAUUAUAGUUAUAUAUCUCCUAAUAAUGAAAAAUUGAAUUCUUUAAUAAAUAUAGAUUUUUGCAAUUUAAAUGGAAAACAGUUUUGUUAUGCCCGAAGUAUAAUGCCUAUUUUGUGCUCUUAAUGUUAUUCCAAUGACUGGGUAAGUCAAGAAAUAUAACAAAUCAAAUGGGACUAGGAAAAGGAGAAAUAUACACGCUUUAAAUAGAUCUAUAACUUUUACGUUACACCAAUACUAUGUAUUACUUUUUAGUAGCUCUAAAAUUACUUGAAUGUAAUGGCAUAUAUCCAUUAUUUUACUGCAUUGCUGGUCGUUUGCUUUGAAGAUAGAGAAAUUAUCAAUCUUCUUCGUUUUUUCGUAAUAAUCAAUCCUAUCAAUGAUUAAACUGACAAUAUUCAUUUAAUAAUGCCCAAUACCGAACAGUUAUGAACAUUAUAAUCGAUAUUCGAAUACAACAUAUAAACCAUCAUCUUAACUGACUUAAAUGUGUGCUUGGGUGUAAAUUGUAAUGUUACAGGGCUGAGGUAUCAUUUGCUUAAAGACAAUAUGAGAUAAUAUUUUAUCCGCCUCAAACAGAUACAGUACUGAACGCUUCAAAAAAGCGUGUAACUAAAUGAAAUAUGUUUUGGUGUGCGUGUUUGUGUGUGCGCGCGUGUGUGUAUGUGUGCGAUCGUAUGUAUGUGGGUGAAUGCGUGUUUUGGGGGAGAUGUACUUUUGCAUUUUGUAUGUAUGAAGUUAAAACAGUUCAUUUCUACACUGAACGUUCAUUUAACCGAGUUAUAGGGUUGAAAGAAAAUAAUCCAUAUAAAUUUCUAUUUCUAUCCUCGAUUUUGUUCUUGUAGGCGUAUAUAGCAAAUAUGUGUGGUAAGUCGAACAUCCGGAAUUAAAAAUCUUUAGAUCUUGAAGGAAAUAGGUUCAGUCGUAGUUUGAGUCAUAAAUGUCAAAGGAAUCGGUUGUUUCAUCCUCUUCAUUGUUUAAACAAUGGCUUAAACGUCUAACAGCAGUAUGAGUUCGCCAAACCUAGUCACUAGCCAAACCCGGAUUGAAAUCUCGUUAUAAAUUAAUCAAGUCUCAGUAUAAGACCUAACAACUUUUGUUGUACUUGCUGCUCGUCCCAAAGAUGUUGAAAUCCAUACACAAACAAUUCAGAGAAAAGGACUUCACCAGUCGAUAAUCAACUAGUCGACAUUAACCUUAGUGCUGAUGGGUGUAUUUCAUUUUGUGUAGAAUUCUAGUUUCAAUAGACUAGACUGGUUUACUUACAUAUUCAAGGCUAUGGGUUUUUCAAUCCUGUUGACCAUGUGACGAGCUAUUCUAUUUACCUAUUAAUAAAGAAUGAACUACAAUACUUGGAA